UGUUAAUUCAAGUGCCCUGUCCAUUCCUCAUUCAUCCUUGUCUAUAUAUUAGCCUUCUGUUGAUCUCGCCUUCCAGAACUAUUGGACCCUAUACAUCAUUUCACCACACAUCAUGCCCUCCUCUGCCGAAAUUGCCGCCAAGUACGAUAACAUCAUCUUGUUGCCGCAAACCAACCAAUUGCUCGGGUUGUACUCCAUCAUUCGUGACUCCCAGACCCGUCGUCCGGACUUUGUCUUCUACGCUGACCGUAUCAUUCGUUUAUUGGUCGAAGAGGGGUUGAACCACCUUCCGGUGGAGCCAAAGACCAUCACCACCCCAACUGGGCUCCCUUAUGAUGGUCUCGAUUUCCAGGGCAAGAUCUGCGGUGUUUCCAUCGUGAGAGCUGGUGAAUCCAUGGAACAGGGCUUGAGAGAGUGCUGUAGAUCCGUCAGAAUCGGGAAGAUUUUGAUCCAGAGGGAUGAGGAGACCGCAUUGCCAAAGUUGUUCUACGAGAAGUUGCCAGAAGAUAUUAGUGACAGAUAUGUGUUUUUGUUGGACCCAAUGUUGGCUACUGGUGGCAGUGCUAUGAUGGCUGUUGAGGUGUUGUUGUCCAGAAAUGUCAUGCCAGAGCGAAUCUUCUUUUUGAACUUGUUGGCCGCCCCUGAGGGGAUCGAGACCUUCCAGGAGAAGUUUCCGCAAAUCAAAAUCAUCACUGGUGGGAUUGACGAGAAGUUGGACGAACAUAAGUUCAUUGUUCCGGGCUUGGGUGACUUCGGUGACAGAUACUACUGUAUUUAAGUCCUAAUACGUAUAUCUAAAUAUCAUAGAGACUGGUACAGGAGGUAUAAAGCAACCAAAGAGACUAGGAUUAGGUGUAUUUAUUUAACCAUUAAUGUAUGAAAAUGUAUCGGGGCGUUGUGCAUCAAAAUGAC